AUGGAGGACGAGAAAGAGAAAAAGGAGGAAGAGGAACAUCUGACGGAGGAUAAUAAAGAGGAUAAACAUCAGGAGGAGGAGACUAAGGAGAAGGAGGAUGAAGAGAAUAAGAAGGAUGAACAUCUGGUCAGGGAGGAGGAGAAAAAGGAAGAUAAACAUCUGGAGGAGGAGGAGAAUAUGGAGAUGGGGGAAGAGGAAAAUAAGGAAAAAGAACAUCUGGAGGAGGAAGCUAAGGAGGUGAAACAUCAUGGGGCAAAUGAGGAUAAGGAGAACAAAUUAGAACAUCUGAAGGAGGAGAAACAUCAGGAUAAGGAGAAACGCGUUGCAGAGGAGCUUAUCAAGGAGGCAGAGAAAGAGUUCGGAGAACUUUGUGAUGUGAGGUGGUGGUACAGAGUGUACACGUCCCAGCCCACAAUACGGAUAAGAACCAUCAGCCGAUGUCCCACAUUUUAUACCAUGGAGACCAUAGAAGAAGAAAUGGAAGAAGAGGGGGAGGAAAGACCAAGAAGAAGAUCCUGGGUCCCCAAGUGCUUUAGGAGGAACCGUCCAAGAGGCCUCAGCAGAGGGGAGAGCUGGGGGCUAAGAUUCCUGAGAAGAUUGUGCUGCUUCAGCAGAGAAACCAUUGAGUGAACACUCUAAUCCUUGCUCCAGCUCGCAGUAGUGCGACACCCGAUGAGCAGCCAAGACUUUCCUAGGAUAAGAAGGUGUCAGCGUUUGAGUCUCUUCUGGCUACGCUUUAGCCUGCAGCCCGUCCGCCACAAUGAAACGCUACUUGAUGUUUUAUCUGUAUGCCCACGCGCCACUUCAACCGUGUGGUGCAAUGUGAUGUGGCAAAGCAGCAUUUGUAGCUCCUUGAGCAGAUUCUUGAGGCAUUUCCUUAUUUCCUGGACCCCUCCAGAACUGGACCCUUAAGACACUACACUCCUGAGGUCGUCGCGGCAAACCUCCACUUCGUGAUGUCGCCAUUCUCCGUGAGCCAGUCCGUUCAUUUGUAGAAUCAGACGAGCUGCUCCCUCACUGUUCAUCAGCACCACCAUCCAGAGACUCCGUCUGGACACUUCCCGAUCCUCACAGGAACCUCCUCCCCUCACACAGGGAGUACACGAUGCAACAAGCCAUUUACUCAGUGCAGUGUCAAACCUGCAUUUUCAGUUUGAUAAUAAACUUGUAAGAGUCCAAGACGGCCCAGAAAUGAGCUAUUUCCAAACUUUGCAACCUAAAUAAGUUCAUUGUAUUUCUCUAACAGGAAGCUCCAAUACAGACUUAGGCCUUAUUCACACGUCAGUGUUUUGGUCAGUGAUUUCCAUCAGUGAAUUUGAGCUCAAACUAUGUGCGGCUCUGAACACAGAACAGGUGCAGAUCUGACCCUUAUACCUGAUCUGUGUGAAGGCUCCACGCCUGG